CAUUAAUAUAAAAGAUAUUAUGAGUAAUUUACCAUAAUCCAAAACCCUAAAACAAGGAGAAACAUAUAGAAGAAUGUUUUAAAAAAGAUUUGCAGUUAGCCAUCUUAAGUAAUCGUAGCCAGAGGUAGCGUAUUAAGUGCUGCAAAUGGAUGAAAUAAUGACAAACGAAGCUGAAUUGAAGUUCUGCAGUUAUCCUCGUUCUGCGAUUAAAUGGAAAGAUAAAGGUAAGUUCAAACAUACUGGACGUCAUCCAUCGCAGAACUGAUGAGAUAUUUGUUGAACGCAAAGAAGCAGAUGAGGACGGACGGAGACACUUACGGCGAAGUUAUCGGUUCGUGUGUUUAAUGCUACAAAAUUAAAGUUGAUCUAUGGGACGAUAAAUAUAAAUGCAUGAAUUCAACUCUGUUUCAUGCACAAUUUUUUUAAGACAUGGGCUCUGAAGAUGGCAAUGUAAAUACCAAGAAAUCAAGCAAACGUGUAAAAUUUAAAGAUGAAUUUGGAAGCAGUGAUAGUGGAAGCAGUGGGCAUUCAAGGGAGGGCAGUGGAGGCAGUAGUAACUAUUCAGAUGCCCAUCUAGAGAUCAUCAAGGGAUCGGGAAACAAAGAUGAAGUUGAUAUACACAAAGGGACAGAUGUUGAAAGUGGAGAGAUUAGCUUGUCUUCAUCUUCAUCUUGUUCAUCUACCGAUGAUCGAUCUCGAGCAGAUACGAAAGUAGCAACGUCCAUAUUAAAGAAAUGCCAAAAUGGAUCGGCAGGUUUGACAUCGGAAUCUCAGCUUGCCACCAGUCCACAUGAAUCGACAUUGACACAAUCCCCUCCAAUCCAAGUAAUGGAUCAACAGGCGGAAGACUUCGAUCCAUAUAGGAUUCCAUCUGAUGUGUUUGGAACAAGUAAAUCAACAGCACCUACGGACUGGAGUAAUGCUUCUAAUGAUUCAUUAUUUAGCAUUAAAGUAGGGGGCACUAGUUUUGCCAGAGAUCAAAUUCUACACAAAAGAUCUGAACUUUCCAAAGGCGAGAGUAUGGAAUUGGUUCCAUCGCCUUUUGUUGCUCCAAUGGUGGACACAAUGAAUUUAGAAUCCGACAAAAAGGAAACUGAGGUAUCAGAUGUCGCUGUCAAAGAUAAAACAUUCGUCAAGGAAGAACCGAUUGUGGAAAAGCCGAACGUGCAGGUUGUGCCCUGGGAACCACCCAACAUUUCUAAUCGUUCUGAUGAAAAUGGAACCAGUGAUUUCUUCUUAGACCUUCCAGUAGAAAACAAGAUCAAGAACAAAAACAAGGAGAAAUGUGCAUGGGCGUUCUGCUACUGUUCUAAUUAUAGCUGCGCAUUGUGCUACUGUUGGAACUGCAGCAUUAAACGAUGGUGCUGUUGUUCAGAUUCGGAAGAUGAAAGUAAUUCUCCAAAGAAAGGAAAAGCGCGGCAGAAGCAGAAACAAGAAGAAAAGCCCUUGGCCUCCGCAUUGAAAUCAAAAUCAGUUUGCAGCAAGUGUUGCUCUUGGUCUUGGUUCCCUUCUUGUCGUCGAGGAAAACGCUGUUGUUGUUGAACGAAACUCUCGGAACCCAAAGCCACUGGCCUAUCACAUUUAACUUUCUUCUUUAUUUU